GGGGCCGAGAGAAGUGGACUUGGACUUCAGGUGUGGCCAGAUGGUGCUUACUACAAGGGCUUCUGGAAGAAUAACAUGGCCAGCGGCAAAGGAACGUUCAAACACUCCAAUGGCGUUUUCUAUGUCGGUCAGUGGAGGCACUCCCAGGCGCACGGCUUGGGGAUUUACUAUGAUGAAGAACGCAUCACCUAUGCAGGUGAAUGGAUGGAUGACCAACCUGGAGGUCUUGGUGAAGCCACAUGGACUGACUCGUCCAAAUAUGCCGGGAACUUCCUGAGAGGCGCAAAACAUGGCGCCGGAGAAUACACCUGGCCAGAUGGCUCCAAAUUCACUGGCCAGUUCCAGAUUCAUGGCAGUGGAACCUGGAGCAGCAUCACUGGUGAUAGGUAUACCGGUCAAUGGAAAGUUUCUUUGAAACAUGGCCUGGGUCGCUAUCAGCUCGCAGACGGUCAAGUCUAUUCUGGACACUAUGUGGAUGGUGAGAAGGACGGAUUUGGCAUUUUCGAGUGGAGCAAUGGCAUGAGUUACAAAGGUUACUGGGUGGCCGGACAUCCAGCAGCCGUGGCAGCCGGCACGUUAGAGGCUCCUGCAGAUGAUGGACUCAAGGUCCAGGCAGUGAGUUCUCAGCUGUCAGACAGUCAGCUGCGCCGCGUGUGACGCGACGUGGGGAACGGACAUGGAGAGGGACCAUUGGGUCCCCAGUAAGAUUGAG